AUAUUUAAAUAAUAAUUUGUAUAAAAUCAUGAUUUUAUUAUUUUCAAAAUACCGUAGAAAAUGCAAUGCAGCCAUAUAAAAUCUAUUAUCAUACUGAUAUUAGCUUAUUGUAACAUGUUGAUUCCUUAAAUAAUCAUUCUGGUAUACAGCCAUUAGUCAAAGAAACGCAGAUAAAAAAUUUAUUACAAUAAUGGUUGAAGAGAAUCGUUUAAUUUCGAAGUCAGCUAUUCUUAACAACAAUGUGAUGUUUGAGUUUAUUUGUACAGCAUCUUCUCAGCCCGGGAGCAGUUCUCUUUACGCUCCAUUCCGGACCAAUCCUUCCCGUGCAACGCCUACCCAACAGCGACCAAGAGCCAAUCAGAGAGAGCUUGACGUCUUGCCAUGAGUAAGGAUGGCUUUUUCUUGAAAAAGAAAAUUCCUUCACCGCCAGUCUAGUAAGAAUAUGCUCAUGUACUCAGUCGGACGCUUAAUUUUGUUCAUUCAACGUUCUACUCGGAUUUUAAAAGUAAUGAGUUAAAUAUAUUGUUUGCGAGGAACAAGUCAUCAAUCUUUCUAACAGUUUCAUUCGAAAAAUUCUGAUUUAUGUUAUUCAGACUAUUUAAAACGAUCUUUUGUGGCUCAAAAAUGACAACGAAUUGCGGUGUUAAAUAUCUAAGUUUUGGCAUGGAAAAAAUAUUGUCUAUAGGAUGUUCUUCUAAAAAUUCAGAAAAAUCAAGCAUACAUAACAUUUCGACGUGUUCUGUAUCAUAUUUGGAUCAUGGAAAUUAUGGAUCAUGCGAUUUGUUUGCGAAUUAUUCAAAUAUUCCCUAUAUUCAACAUCCUGAUACACAUCCAGUUACUGCAUUUACAAAUCGUUUUGAAAAUCUGUUUGGAAAUUCUAAUACUAUCAUCAGGCCUUCACCCGUGCGACCUGUUCUUAAAGAAUCUAUAACAACAUCGGCUAGUCCUCCUAAUCAGUUCGGAAACACCAACUGCAGACGAAGAUCGUGGUCAAGAGCAGUUUUUAGUUCGCUGCAACGGAAAGGCUUGGAAAGACGAUUUGCUAUACAAAAAUACAUUACAAAGCCGGACAGGCGACAGUUAGCGGCAACGCUGGGCUUAACAGAUGCACAGGUAAAAGUGUGGUUUCAGAAUCGUCGUAUGAAAUGGCGACAUAUGAAGGAAACAGAAAAAGUUGCAAAAAUAUCAAAAGAUUGUCCCUUUAAUAAAACCAAUUCGAAUAGUUCAUUUUUAAUUACAAUGCACAAAGAUAAAGCAAUAAGAACUUCCGGUGAUGAAGAUAUAUACGUAGAAUCAGAUGUUCUGUAAAAUGAUUUAAUGACUUUUAGGAAACUUAUUCAGAAAAUGUAUUUAGUAAUCCAUUCUAAAAUUUUAUGCACAAAAAUUUUUAAAAUGUUAAGUAAUAAUACGUUCUAUAUCAUAAUCGACUGUGUUCUAUCGCGUCUCACAAAAGCCUGCGUAUAACCUGCAAAUUUCAAAAUUCCGUAUAGUUAUUAAAAUAUAAACGUGAAUUCCACAUUAUUUGUUGCAUUUUCGUUAAACAGCUGAACCUACUCAAGUUAUAUUGUAAAAUAAGAUAACUAAAGAUGAUGCUACAGU